AUGCACUUAUCUCUUCGUCUGUGUUUUCUGUUCACUGCGGUGUCCACAGCGUAUUCAAUAUAUAAUUACACUUCACCUGAGAAUUUUCACUUCAAUUCUGACGCUUUGGUUUGCAAGGGAGACGACUAUCUGUUUGCUUGUGGGCUAAAAACAUAUCCAUCAAGUGGAAUACUGGCAAUUUAUCAGCUGGAAGAGAAGUUCAUCCCAGCCAACCUAAGUGAUAGAGAAAAAAAUGUGGCAAACGUUUUUGGGAAAGAACCAGUUCGUGGGGUGGUCAUACCUUUUUUGAGAGAUAUUUUCGAAAAACAUGGAAUUCAUAGAUGGAAUCAAACUUAUGAUCAGGACCACAAAGUAUUUGAAUAUACACAUGGACCAGUGACUGAAAAUGAUGCUGGACUUUAUUACUGUCGUCUAAUUAUUCCUGGUGGAUAUUCAAGCAUGCUUUCGCAUUACAUGAAACUUCAGGUCAAUACGAAUUGCUUCAGAUCAUUUUCUCACUGGAUUGUCCCAUCCAUCGUAUUUAUUCUUUCAUUCUUCCUAACACUUCUUAUUAUGCAGUGUAUUUACGAAUGGAGAAAGAAAUCUGUAGUUUCUGUGUACAAGUUCAUAUCCGUUGCCCGCCAUAUCGAAUAUUAUCAGCCUACCACUGAACAGAAACUGACAGUUGAUAACUUAUAUGUGUUGGAUCCUGUUCAGGAACCUGUAAUUCAUACAAAUACUGUCCAAACUCGACAUCCACCUAAAUUAAUUACUGAUAUGAAAGAAAGAUUUACAUCUCAUAAUACAAAUUCAAAGCGUCGACAACUGUUGUAUACUAAUUGUAUAAGUAAAGAAGAUGUACAACGUGUAAAAGAGUUGGAUGAUCGAUUUUUAUCCUCUUAUCGUCUUGAAAAAGAUGAAGAAUAUGAAUUCUCCCGAAACAAUCUACAAUUAAUAUGUCGUUUAGGUUCUGGAGCAUUCGGAAUUGUGUAUCAAGGUGUUGCAGAAAAUUUGCCAAAACAUCCAAAUAAAAAUGAAAAAAUCGAAGUUGCUGUCAAAACGCUUAGAGAUGAUUUUACAGAAAGUGAUAUACAUGAAUUUUUACGUGAAAUGGAUAUAAUGAAACAGUUAAGUCAUAUUCAUAUCAUUGAAUUGUAUGGAGUCUGCACAGAAAACAGUUCCCCAUUUCUUAUCAUGGAAUAUGCUCCAUAUGGUAACCUAAGAGAAUAUCUCCGUCGUCAUAGGAAAAUUUUGAAAAACUGUGACAAGUUAUCUCGCAUACUCUUAGAUUUUGCCUAUCAGGUUGCCUGUGGCAUGAGAUAUUUAGAAACAAAAUCGCUUGUACAUCGUGAUUUGGCUGCUCGUAAUAUCUUAGUUGGUAAACAGAAUGUUCUAAAGAUAGCUGAUUUUGGACUGGCUAGACAAGUGGAGAGUUACUACCGUAAAACGAAGAGUAGUCGUGUCCCCGUGAAAUGGUUAGCACCUGAAUGUCUAACCGACAGGAUUUAUACAAUUAAAUCAGAUGUUUGGUCAUUUGGUGUACUUCUAUGGGAAAUAUUCACGCUUGGCUCAACUCCAUUUCCAAAUGUUGAUCCAAAGGAGGUAACCAACUUAAUUCUCUCAGGUGUACGUAAUCAGAAACCAGAAUUAGCAUCCAAUGAAAUCUAUAUGAUAAUGUGUUAUUGUUGGGAAAUCAAUCCGACUAAAAGAUUAUCAUUUGGUGAACUUGUCAAUUUAUUAGAAUGGCACACAGAAGAUAUUGAUCGAAUGAUGAUCAUGAUAUCGGAUGAAAUGAUCCCUCCGUUUAGAUUACAGUCAACCUGUUAUUAUGAAUCAGCGAAUAGUUGUAGUCAUAACAGUAAAGAAAAGGUAUACCGUCGCAAUCGUACUGAUAAUAAUAAUAAUGAUCCUGGUAAUCCUUUCGAGAAAGGUAAUGCUGAACCACUAGACAUUUAUUUCAAUGCGCCAAUAAUGAAAACAAAGAGUUUACUUGACAACUCAUCUUUUACUACUAAUUAUUGUGAACUGAAAACUUGA